AUGACCACGGCGACGACGCCCACGGGCACGAGUUCGAGUGCCUCGCGCAGAGUCCCGCUCGACAAGCGGAAACGCACCGAAACGUCAUGUGACAAGUGCAAGUCGCGCAAGCAGAAGUGCAACAAGCAGCCAGGCCAAGAUGCCUGUCGCUACUGCAUCGUGCACAAUAUCGAGUGUCUGACGCCCCGCAAGAAGCGCCUCUAUGGCAGCGUCGAGGGCCUGGGCAACCGGCUGGCGCUGCUCGAGUCGCUGGUGAAGGGCCUCUUGCCGGAAGCCGAUGUGUCCAACAUGGACGAGAUGCGCGAGCUGGGCAAUUCACUCGGCAUUCCACUGCCAGACUCGGCCAUUGUGGAGAGCAGCGACGGCCACAAGAGCAGCAGCGACCGCGAGGGCGAGGAUUCACUGUCGCUCCUGCCCGACCAGCAAGGGCAGGUGCAGUACAUUGGCCCUGCGAGCUCCUUUUCCUUCCACCUGAAGCUGCGCACGCUGGUGGGCGGGGGUCCCGUCCGCGAAUUCGUCUUGUUUGGGAGGAAUGCAGCCGAUUCAGAGCCCAUUGAAGGCGACAGCGACCCGCACACCCUCUCCACCCCGAGCGCGACGUCCAACAUCGACCACAACUCGCCCGCCGACCGCCGCACCUCCGUGCCCGAGACCGCCCCCAGCCUCGAUUCGCUCAUUGGUGCAUACUUUGACCACAUCAACCCCGACUUUCCCGUACUGCACGAAGCCUCGUUCCGCGAGGCGUACGAGGGAUGGGUCGCAAAUCCCAGCGGCACCGAUCCCGCGUGGUUGUGUAGCUUUCUGUGUGUGUUGCUGCUUGCCCGGCGCGUGGCGCGUGUCACGUUUCCCGAAGAGCAGGAGCGUCUGUGGUGGCGGCGCGUACAGAGCCUCCUCCCCGUUGUCAUAUUCACCUCGAGCGUCAUGGCUGUCGAGGCUAUGAUGCUCGCGGCCAUGCACCUCCACAACACCAACCACCGCGAUGCCUGCUGGAACUUGACCGGCACCGCGGUGCGCGUAGCCUUCGCGAUUGGCCUGCACCAGGACAAGGUUAGCACGCUGCAGACGCCGCUUGCAAGAGAGUUGCGCAAGCGCCUGUGGUGGACGCUGUACGCAUUCGAGCAGAUCCAGGUCUCUUCGUACGACCGCCCGAGCGCCAUCGAGCACCCGGGCUCCAAAGUCAGUUGCCCGAACGAGCGCAUCAUCGGCAUGGCGAGCUACUGCCCACCAGACUACUGCAAGUGGUUCAACCGCUUGGUCGUGCAUCUUGGGUCUGCAUGCCGCGCCCCCAAGACCAUCCGCGCAAAAUCGACUGAAGAGUCAUACGUCGGACCACUAUCGCCUGCUGCGGCAGUCUUGCGCGACAUGGAGCGGUGGCAGGACACUCUCCCUCAGCACUUGCGCAUGGACGCGCUCAGUACCGCACCACCAGCUUUCCAGCGACCUUUACUCCUGCUGCACGGCAAGUACCACUACACAGUCAUAGUACUGUGUCGAGCAGCGUUGCUUGCGCGCGCUUCCAUUUUCUCGCGAAAUGGCAAGGACUCUUCGAAUGCAGCCCUCACUGCCAUGGCUGACUCAUGCUCCGAUUCUGGCAAGGCAUUGGCUCGGAUUCUGUUGCGGCUCGAGGCCAUUGGAAGAUUCAAUGACACCACAUGGUGGGACGUCUGGUACACCCUUGCAGCCAGCUCUGUGCUUGUGCUCGACCUCGUUUGUCUGAACAAGACGGCGGGCACCGAUCUGUCAGAGUCCAAAGUACUGCUCUCGCAGCUGGCAGAUCUGGCGCAACGUCAUAUGCGAAACCCCUACAUGCCCGGCACAAUUUCAAAAUUUGCCUCGAUCAUCCCCGAGCUACAUUCCAUGGCAGAAUCACUGGGCUCUCAAACGGCUGUCAUGGAAGGCAAACCAGAAGAUAACCCCAAUAGCGAGCAGGAAUCAGCACGGCCGACUAGCCAACAGCAACAACAAGAUGUUGUUCCUUUCCCUUACCAUCAAUCUACCACAAAUAGCGGCGCAUACAUGUUCGCCGACAAUGUUCCCGCUCAAUUCUAUGCCGAGCCAAAUCAAGGACACGGCCCAUAUGCAAACACGCGCUACGAACGGGGCACGCAGAUGAACUUCAUGGACUUUACGAUUAGCAACAUAAACGACUGGAAUUGGGGCGACAUGGGCAACCUCAUAGAUCCUCAAUCAGUGCCUGGCAUCCAUCCACAUUUGCACCCGCCUCAAGGCCCGCCUCCGGGUUGA